CAAUUAUAUUGCCUAAUUUCAAUAUCAUAUCAUAGUAUAUAUAUAUUUACCACAUCUUGCUUAAUCAGUUAGGUACCUGUCUCUGCCCAAAUUAUAUACUCCAUAUAAUUGCGCCAUUCCUGCCUGCUCUCUCUCUCUCUCUCUCUCUCUCUCUCUCUAUAUAUAUAUAUAUAUAUAUACUUACGACUCCCUCUUAGUAUCUCUCUCCCAUCUUUCUAAUUUUUCUUUGCAUCAGAGAGCUUCUGCUGAUCCCAUUUAGCAUCCAAUUAAGUAUAUAUAUAUAUAUAUAUAUAUAUGGGGGAAGAACUUAAACAGGAGGAACCCAAGAAAGAAGAGAAGAAGAUUGAAGAAGAAAACAAGGAAGAACUCAAGAAUAACAAUAAUAAUAAUAACGAAGAAUCAGCAGCAGAAGCAGAAGCCCCACCCCCACCCCCACCCCCACCUUUUGUGUUGUUGAUGGAGUUGCAUUGUGUUGGGUGUGCUAAGAAGAUUGAGAAGUCCAUUCUCAAGAUCAGAGGAGUGGAAGGAGUGGUGACGGACAUGGCGACAAAUGAGGUGACUAUAAAGGGCGUGGUGGAGCCUCACGCAGUCUGCACCACAAUCUUGAACAAGACCAAGAAGAUGCCCAAAGUUGUAUCUCCAUUAAUGCCUGCUUCUCAAGGUCAAUCCAUUCCCGAGGUUGUUGCUUCCCAGGUUAGUGGUUUGAUCACCAUAGAGCUUGAUGUCAACAUGCACUGUGAGGCCUGCGCUCUGCAACUCAACAAAAAGAUUCUCAAGAUGAAAGGAGUUAGAACAGUGGAGACGGAUUUGAGCUCCAGCAAAGUUAGGGUUACAGGAACCAUGGACGCCGACCGUCUCGUCCGCUACGUUUACCGCCGGACCAAAAAACACGCAAGAGUCGUGCCCCAACCCGAACCCGAACCCGCCCCUGAACCCAACCCAAACCCGGUGGAAGAAUCGGGAGACAAGAAGGAAGAAUCCGGAGACAAGAAAGAAGAAUCAGGUGGUAAUGAUGAUCAGGCACCGCCGCCGCCGCCGGAGGAGGAGGAAAAGAAAGAUCCGGAGGAAGCCGUGGACGGCGGCGUUGAGGCGGAGGCGGAGGCGGCGGCGGAGAAGCAGCAUAUGCAUAUGCAACGAAUGAUGUACCACUAUGAUCACCCGCCGGUGUAUGUGAUGGAAAGAAUUCCGGCGCCGCAGCUGUUCUCCGAUGAGAAUCCCAAUGCUUGUGUGCUCAUGUAAUUAAUUAUUAUUACUAUUAUUAUGUAGAGGAACUGCUAUUAUUAUAAUAUAGAUUCAUUAUUGUUAUUAAA